GUUGUCAUCUGUUUUCUCCGACGAUUUUUUCUGAAAUUCCGGUGAGGUUUCUAGUGUUUCUGUUCACCAUCUUCUGUCUCUUUGAUAUUUUUGAUGGCUGAACCAUCUAGUCCACACAAUGUGGAGGGUGAAAACCCUGAACAGCCGAUAGUGGCUGAGGAAGAAGACGAGGAUGAUGAUGUGAAUGUUCCCGGUGGUGGGUUACCGGUGUUGAAGUGGACAAAAGGUAGUUUUAAAACCCUGAUGGCCACUGUUCAGAUGGCCAAAGACUGGAAUGCUACUUUCCCACAAGUGGGGGACACCGGUGCCGAUGCUCCGGCCGGUUAUAUAACCUUGUGGGCGGAUUUUUUCACCCACGGUAACCUUAGGUUGCCGGUGACGGUGUUUGUGGCGGAGGUAUUGGAGUAUUAUCACCUCCAUAUCUCCCAGCUUAGUCCUUUCGGAAUGUUCCGAAUUCGGAAUUUUGAGUACACAUUCCGUGCCCAUGGCCUGCCCAUUUCAGUGGAGAAUUUCCGGCGUUUCUACCAGUUGACGGUGAACACCGGUUUUUUCUCGUUCACUCAAAGGCAUGGGAGUCUGAAGUUGAUGACACCCCCUAAGGGUGUGACAGGCUGGAAGAAGAGGUUCUUCUACGUGAAAGCCUGUGCGGUCUAUGCUAACAUGUCUUUCAGGAACGUCGAUGUUGGAGUUUCCGAUGAAGAUAUUCCUGUUGCUUCCGCAGAGACCGCGGACUGGUUCUCUAGGCUGCGGCCUAUUGAACUCAAGAAGUUGGAUAAUGACCAACUAUGGAUAUUGCGGAUGAUGCUCUCUAGACCGGAUAGGAAGGAAAGACCCGUGUUGCGGGAACAGGGUGGUGCGGAUGCGGUUGGCUUGUGGAGGAUGUUUGAGCCUGAUUUCAAGGGCCAGGUUGAACUGAUCGCGGUUGAGCUGAAGAAAGGUUUCAACCUUGAAAUUCUGAAGAACUUCCGCGUACCAUCAAAAGCGGUGCUGGAAGCCCCGGUUCCGGGGGACGCAAGAGGUACGUCUUACGUGGCAUUAGUUUUUUCAGUUUAUCUUUUUGACUGGUUCUGUUGAUUGUGUGAAUCCAGGUGUCCUUGCGGAUUUGGGGAAGUUUGAGAAACGCGUCCCCAAAAAGACUGUGGAGAAGAAAACGGUAAAAAAGACCGUGCGGGGUCGUGGUAAGGGGAGUGUUGAAGGCUCAGCUGCCCCUUCUUCCGUUUUCGAAGCCGCAGGUACCUAUCAAUCUUGUUCUCGGGGAUAUACCGAUUACGUCGUAGUAUCUGACACCCUUGAGGGUUUGGGUGUUAUAGGUAGUGGUGCGGCCGCGGGUGGAACUGGUGUGGUUCCCCCCGUUGUUGGAGAGAAAAGGGGGCCAGAGCAGAAAGCUGCUGGUGGUGGUGAACCGAAGAGGCGGAGACUGCCGACCAGGAGAGUUGCUCCGGUGCAGAAGAAACCUGCAGUUGCUGCUGGUAAGUAUAUCCCUUUUCUUUGUUUUGUAUGUACCAUGGGUGGUAAUACUCAUUGAAUACUCUUUGGAUUGCAGAAUCCCGAGAUGCGGGGUAUUCUUAUGUUGACAUUCCUGCGUCUCCUCCGCACACCGCUGCCGCGGGUGCGGGUGUAUUGAAGGAGAAGGUCGCGCCUAAGGAGCCUGCGGCCCCUUUUGCUGGGCCAG